AUGAUGCCUUCAUCGCCUAAUAUGGACUCUUCGAAACAAGAGCAAAUGUUCAAUGAAAUUUGGAAUUCAUGUGAUAUAAAGAAUCAAGGUUUCAUAUUUGCCGAUGAAUUAACAAAUUUAUUUGAAUUCAAUAAGGAUAAAUUUAUCCGCCCACUGAGUACUCAUGAAAGCAACUUAAUACAACAAUUUUCCUCACAGGAUCCUACUUAUAAAAUUACUAAGAAUGACGUUAAUAAUGUUCUAAAGAAGUUAGUCAAUUUUACUAUAUUCCAAAUGUUGAAACCCACAACUUCUGUAGGUCCUCCAAUUGAGAAUGGGAAAGAACCCAUUGGUAAGAAUGAUGCUAAUACUAAAGAUAAACAAAAUAUCAUAGUAUCUCCAUCGAAUACUAGUAAUAAUAACAGCCCCAAGAAGAAAAAAAAUCCAAAUUUGAUUGCUGAAAUAAAUAAUUUAACAAGGCAAUUAGGUAUAAAGGAUAAUAUUAUAUCUGAAAAACAACUUCUAAUUGAUGACUUAAAGGAAAAUGUAGAAACUUAUAAACGAAAAUUCCAAUUUUUACAAAAAGAAUUCCUUUUUUAUAAAGAAAAUGUUGGGAAGAAAUAUUCAAGUAAUUAUUCUCAAUAUUCUUUAUCAGAACAUGAUGGAAUAAAAGAUCCCAAGCAAGACUUUCUAUUAUCUGAAUUCAAAAGACAAAUACAAGAGCAAAAAUCGAUUAUUCAACGAUUACAAGAAAGGAUUGAACUAAAGAAACCCUUCAACAUUCCCACGAAUAUUGAUAAUUCUAUAAUUUCGAACAAUGAACGCAAGAAACACUCAGGUAUCAUAAGUUCCCUUUCCAAUUUCCUCUUUCCGUAUCUUUUACCGAUAUUGACUUUUUCUCUUUCAGUCAUUUUUUUGGUUAUAUUUUAUCUCUUUAACAGCAAAGAUAAUGCAAGUAUAGAAUGGGAAUUAUCAUGGUGGGAAAGAUCUAAUUGGCUAAGUAGUUUAGGUUGGAGUUUAAAAGAUAUGCUUUCUAUAUUCACCUUUACACCUGACAAUGCUAGUAACAACAACAUCAUGAAUGAUAAAGAAGCUUUUGAUGCGUAUAUGAGAGCAUUAAAUAAUUCGUGA